CUCUCUCUCUCUCUCUCUCCCCCCUGUUCUGCUGCCUGAUAGUAGAAUUGAAGGAAGCAAAAUCCGACAAUCGCCAUUGGCGAGUUGAGAGAGAGAGAGAGAGGUCGAUUCUUGAAAACAAAGCAAUGAUUUGAAUACACAACUUCCACCCCGCACCAACAACACGGGCCGGUCGGCAGCUGGGGGCGAAAUCAACAUCAUAUACCUUCCAAUUCAAGUCCCUCCAUCAGCUGUCCCAGCUCCAGUCACAGAGAAAGAGAGAGAGAGAGAGAGAGAGAGAGAGAGAGAGAGAGACAGAGAGAGAGGGUGAGCUGGGAACAUGAAGCUCUCAGCAUUACACCAGAGCUACUUGAACCGCCGGAGCAACAGCUUCCGCGGGCCGGCCGUGGAUGCCUCCGCGGAUGGCGGGAUGAAGUCCCCGGCAGCGGUGUUCUGGCUGGCGCUCCACGGCCUCUGCUGCCUCAUCAGCCUCGUCCUUGGGUUCCGCUUCUCUCGGCUUGUGUUCUUCCUGCUCUUCUCCACCUCCGCUACCAACCUCUACACAGCGCCGUUUCGGCCGGCCACGGAGGUCUCCGACGUUUCAGUGUCUCACCUAUCCACUCCCGUCGCGAAUCAGGCGCUCCCCGUGAAUAAGACGACCCCUCGGGUGGUGGUCGGACGGCAUGGGAUCCGGAUCCGGCCGUGGCCACACCCGAACCCUGUCGAGGUCAUGAAGGCGCACCGGAUCAUAGAGAGGGUGCAGAGGGAGCAGAGAGCUCAGUUCGGGGUGAAGAACCCCAGGACGCUGAUAGCGGUGACCCCGACCUACGUGCGGACGUUCCAGACGCUUCACCUGACCGGCGUGAUGCACUCGCUCAUGCUGGUUCCAUACGAUUUGGUGUGGAUCGUGGUGGAGGCCGGUGGAACGAGCAAUGAGACAGCUUCUCUCAUCGCAAAGUCCGGUCUAAGGACCAUCCAUGUCGGCUACAAGGAGAGGAUGCCGAGCUCGUGGGCGGAUCGCCACCGACUGGAGGCUAAGAUGCGGCUCCAUGCUCUCAAGAUUGUGAGAGAGGAGAAGCUCGAUGGGAUUGUGAUGUUCGCGGAUGAUAGCAAUAUGCAUAGCAUGGAGCUCUUCGAUGAGAUCCAGAAUGUGAAAUGGGUUGGGGCCCUCUCUGUUGGCAUUUUAGCUCAUUCAAACAAUGCGGACGAAUCAUCCGUGUCUGCGGCUGAGAAAGAGGCAGAUAAUCCUCCCAUCCCAGUUCAAGGUCCAGCGUGCAACUCCUCCAAUAAGUUGGUUGGGUGGCACACAUUCAAUUCGCUGCCUUAUGUGGAGAAGAGCGCCAAUUAUAUAGACGACUGGGGUACGGUGUUACCGAGGAAGUUUGAAUGGGCUGGGUUUGUGGUAAACUCAAGGCUUCUCUGGAAGGAUUACGAUGAAAAACCUGAGUGGAUGAAGGACCUGGCCUUGGUUGAUGGGGUCGAUGAUAUGGAGAGCCCCCUUGUAUUGAUGAAGGAUACCUCAGUUGUGGAGCCUCUUGGAAGAUGCGGCCGCCAAGUUAUGCUUUGGUGGCUUCGUGUUGAAGCUCGUUCUGAUAGCAAAUUCCCCCCGGGCUGGGUGAUUGAUCCUCCAUUGGAGAUCACUGUUCCAUCGAAGCGGACCCCAUGGCCGGAUGCUCCCCCAGAGCUCCCAUCUAUUGAUAAAUCAAUCAGCGUCCAAGAGCAGAUGGUGGCAGUGAAGCGUCCGCCAAAAACCCGAAGCUCCAGAUCGAAGCGGAGCUCACGGAGUAAGAGGAAGCAUGAAGCGAGAACAGUAGAAACUCAGGUUUCUGCAAAGCAAACCGAGCAAAAUUAAUUGAACCAGAUUGUAUUAAGUAGCUGAAGAUUCUUGGGAACCUAGACUUUCUCCACUCUGUGGGCAUGACAUUCUAGCUUCGGCACCAGAAAUCUACAACCACAGCCUGUAAAAAGAAGAAUUCGAAAUCACCUGCUGGUGCGAAUAAGAGGAGAUCAGUUUCGGUUCAAGAGGUCGAUCUAGGUAAUUGCACAUUUGUUCAUUUAUGUUCUAUUUCUUUCUUUCCAAUCGGAUUGAGCGGUGUUUCGCGUCGGGUGUAUUUGAUAGUCUUGGGGUGAUUGUGAAGAAGGAUUUCUCUCGCGUAUACGUAGUCUACAUAAGCAAUAGGAAGUAUGAAAUUCUCUGUUUAAAGGCUCUUGGAUUAUUCGAAACCACAUUGAAUGUAAUAAAAAUUUUCUCGGAAGACAUUGCUGCCGAGUGCUCUAGCG